AUGGUUUUUCCACACUUAUUACUGUGCAAAACAAAGUCCGAAAUUGAUGGAUCUUUAUCCAAAACAAUAGCAAGGCGACUUAAGCAAUGGCAAGACGGAGACCUGGAUGGACUAUAUAACGAAGGAAAGGCGCUGCAAAUGCGCUUGUUGAAAGGAAGUAGAAGAAAAAUUGAAACUGAAGCACAACAGUUCAACAAACUAAUGAACACUGGAAAAAUAUCAAGCGCAAUUGCAAAACUAACAGACACAUCUAAAGGCGUUCUUUCGCUCGACGAGAUUGUCAAAGCUGGAAAAUCAAAUUUGAUGGGCUAUAUAAAGGAGCAGAUAGAAAAAGAAUACGGAAUUAGCUCAGUCAAGCUCGUCCCAGAGCCUGUUAAUGAAUGGAACGAUGUAGCAGGAUCGAAGCUCUUUGAUCUGAUGAUGCAAGAUCCGAAGCGUUGGUCAUUUGCAUUCCAGAAUUACGUACAACUUCUGAUGUUCCGAGCGCACCACCUCAAUUUUGAUGACAGCAAAGUUCAUCUGAUGGAGCGAUCUCUGCACUCUGCGCGGUACGUUUUCGAGGAAAAUCACAAAAAACUCAGUAACCUUACUCCGAUGGAGUUUAGUAUUCUCGAAGAGUUUUACCAGACAAUGAAUUCUGAACUUGAAGCAAAAUCUUGCACUGUAGACUGCUUCCUGUACUUGGAAACAACUCCCGAAUUAUGUCAUCAGAGAUUGCAACACAGGCUGAAAAGCCAAGACGCUGAGAUGACUAAAGAAGAAUCACGAGUUACUCUGCAGUAUUUAAAGUCCUUGCACGAACUUCACGAGACUGAAUUUCUGAACAGAGCAGAGUUCAAGGACAAAGUUAUUCGUGUGGAUGCAUCGGGUACCAAGGAAGAAUUGCAGUUGAGUCUCGGUUUCGAGAAAAAAUGA